AUGCGACCUAGCAUCAUGAGAGGAAUUAUCCUCGCUAUUUGCCUGGCCCUGGGCGCUGGCACCGGCGCAUUGCCACCUUGGUGGAUCUUGAACAACGUCAAGCCGGAAGGUGAACCGCAGAGCAUGGGCAGCUACACCAUCAUUACCUUCUCAGAGGCACAGCAGAAACGCUUUGCAAUUGACUCGCACGGCGAGCCGACCGACCGCUCCAAGUUCCAUGCCGCGCUCAAGGCGCUGAAGGAAGAGAGGAUGCAGGGAAGGCACACGACGGGCGAGACGGAGGCCCUGCGGCCGACCGUGACGCCUCGCUUGCUCGUCUAA